CAUAUGGGGACCCUCGUGUCUUUAAAAGUCAAACGGUUGUGUCUCAAAUUGCCUUUUGACCGCUCUUGAGCCCAACAAAAGACACUAUGAGGAGAGUUGCUCUAUUUCUGCUGCUGACUGGACUCUUGGCCAGUGGACAAGAGCUACGCUGGCAAAACAACUAUGAUGAGCCACUGAAUUUUAACUGCCCUCCAGGCCAGUCGAUACAUUCAAUUAAAAGCCAACACGACAACAGUAAAGAGGACCGGCUGUGGGAUUUUGGCUGUACAACCACCUUCAGCCAGGGUUCAGACUGUUUCUUGUCAACUUACGCCAAUGACUUUGACCAAGAGUUCACCUUUGAGUGUCCACCAGAUCACGUAAUUGCAGGAAUGAGCAGCUACCAUAAAAACAAACAUGAGGACAGACGAUGGCAGUUUUCCUGCUGCAGAGGUAACGGUCACUGUAACUCCAACUGUCAGUGGAGUUCAUACGUGAACUAUUUUGAUGAGGCUUUCGAGUGGACUGCACCUCACAUGCAUGUUCUGGUGGGUGCUGAAAGCUACCAUGACAAUAAAAAAGAAGAUUGCCGCUGGAAGUACCUGUACUGUGCUCAACAAUCAUGCUAAAAACAACACUAAACAGUUCAAUAAACUUCAGAUGAAAGCAAA